CUCUCACACCUCCUCCUCACCGCUGCUCCAUCUCACCCGGCGCACGCGCCCUCAUGCCCACCGCCUCGUCUGCGCGCCGGCGAUCCUCCGGCCUCGGGCACAGCGACUUUGACUCGCCCGACGUGCUCGCACGCCCACGCCGCAGCGACGCCGGUGCUCUCGCCACGCCCACGCCUGCCUCGUCGCGCCAGCCGCUGCGCAGCACAGCGCCCAACGGCGGCCCGCCAGCUGCGCCUGUGCGCGCCGCAGACGCCCGCAAGCGUGCCGCCAUGCCGGCGCCGCGCAAGAGCGCAGCACGGAAGAGCGAAGAUGCAGCGCCGCCACGUCGGGCUGCCGCUGGUGCCGCACGACGCGUCGUAGACUCGGACUCGGACGACGAGCUGGCGGGGGGCGAUGAUGCGUACGGCGAGGAGGACGAGGGCGACACGACGAUACAGAGUGCGCCGCGCCGCAAGGCCGCAGCUGCACCCACGCCAGUCGAGACGAGCAGCCGCACGCAGAUGGUGCCGCUGCAGACCAAGCCGCGUCUGCCCGGCGGCGGCGUGUCGGCGCUGGCACGCUCGCGCAUGGCGUCGUCCGGCGCCGGCACGGCUGGCUUCGCACGGCGAGGCGCGCCCUCGUCCUCGGACGCUGCGCCGCAUCCCUCUUCCUCGUCGGCCUUCACCGACACUUCGACUCGCUCGCGAGGUGGUGUCGCCGCACUGGCGCGAGCGAACGGGCCGCGCCGCAGCCUCGGCGCGUCGCUGCAUGUGCAGGCCGGCAACGCCAGCGCCAGCCACGAGGCGCAGGCCAAGGAGGUGCAGAAGCUCAACGUCGACUCGACGAGCUUCGAGGAGUGGAUGAAGAUGGCGACGGACAAUAAAAUCAACGCGAGCAACACGUGGAACUUUGCGCUGAUCGACUACUUCCACGACAUGUCGCUGCUGCGCUCCGAGUCGGGAGACGGCAGCAUCAACUUCCAGAAGGCGUCGUGCACGCUCGACGGCUGCAUCAAGGUGUGGACGUCGCGCGUGGACAGUGUCGUCGUCGAGACGGGCAAGCUGCUCUCAGGCCUGCAGGACGACUUGGACUUGCGCACCUCGAAGAAGGGCAAGGAGGCCGAGGACGAAGAGGACGGCGAGGAGGACGAGGAGGGCAACACCAAGUCCAAGAAGCGCAAGGGCAAGGCGCGCGAGGCGACGCUGGCCAAGAACUUCUCGCAGCUGGCGAUCAAGAAGCUCGACGUCGAGUUCUCCGUCGACCCGCUCUUCAAGAAGACGUCGGCCGACUUUGACGAGGGCGGCGCCGGCGGGCUGCUGAUGAACCACCUCGGCGUGGACGGCAAGGCGCGCAUCGUGUUUGACGCCUCCGACGUGGCCGGCGUGGCAGACGAGGGCGACGAGCAGGAUGCGCUGCCGGCCGACGGCGACGCGGACCGCGAGGCCACGCCGCUGGCAAGCGCGCAGCAGGACCACGAGAUGGUGGACCUGACGAAGCUGCGCGUCACGCUCUUCGGGCACGACGAGGCGGCCUUCAGUGGCAGCGAGAACGCGCUCAGCGCACUCCUGUCGCAGCGCACCAUCUGUCCCACGUUCGCCUCCUUCCGCUUCGCGCCCGACGACACGACGCCCUUCUCUGCGCUGGGCUUCGAGCAUGCGCCGGGCAACGACGGCUACUCGGACCCGGCGUAUGACGACUCGAUGGGCGGCAUGCCGGCGUUCGACGACAUGCCGGAGGGCGACGAGGGCGAGGACUUCUUUGGCGCAGGCAACGACUACGCUGGCGGCGACGACGGCGACGACAUCUUUGCGGCGCCGCUCGAUGUGCGGCAGGGCUCGCACGAUGCCGACGACGAUGACGAGCUUGCGGCGAUUGCACACGACCAGCCGCGAGGCUCGGCUGCGGCGCCCUCGCAGCGAGACCUCGCACUCGCAUUCGUGGGUGUUGGCGCCGCGCAGGACGAAGAGGCCGAGGGCGGCGCAGAUGGCAUGUUCGACUACUUCGACCAGCACCUUGUGAAGAACUGGGCGGGCCCGGAGCACUGGAAGAUGCGCAAGGGCGUCGGCGCCAUGCCGGGAGCCAAGGGAGCGGACGCAGACGGGCCAAGCGGCUCUUCCGCGCCCAAGGCCGCGCCUCGGAAGAGCAAGGAGGCCUUCGUGAUCGACUUUACCACUCCAGCCGGCGCCAUGUCGAGCGCGGAGCUCUUUGCGCCGGCCAAGGGCGGCGUGGGCAUCAUGCUGCCGCGCAACAAGGGCGCCGCGGACCUGCAUCUGCUGCCCGAGGACCGCCACUUUUCGAGCCGAGAGCUGCUGCGGCUGGCGAUCAAGCCGCGUGCUGUGCUGAACUUGAGGCGAAGAGGCGCACGGGUGGCGCAGACCAACGACGUCGACAUGGCGCAUCCUGCCGACGUCGACGAGGAGUUCUGGGCGCAGGCGGCCGCCGAGCGGGAACAGGGCGUGGGCGGCGCGUACGACGAGCACGAAGCGCAGCCCUUCAACACCGAAUUCUUCCACGACGCCGACGACGACGGCGCGUUCGACAUGCUCGAGGACGGCGGGCCGAGCGGCUUUGGCGACGAGGGCGAGGAGGAGGAGCUGCCGACGCAGGCCAUCCGCCGUAUCCGCCCCGAGUACGUCAACUACGCCAAGCGCGCCAAGCGUGUCGAUGUCAAGCGCCUCAAGGACUCGAUCUGGAAGGAGCUGGCGAUUGACGUCGAUGCGCUGAGUGACGAAGAGGACGACGAGCCAUCAACACCCGGCCGCACCAAGCCAGAGCCCGGCAGCUCCGGGCCGCGCACCUUCUCGGCGGUCAUCAGCGGCCUGAAGAAGUCGUACGCCAAGGAGAAGCUCGACGAGAUCAGCACGUCGUACUGCUUCAUCUGUCUGCUGCAUCUGGCCAACGAGGAAGGGCUGGACAUUCGCAUCGACGACGCCGCUCCCUCGUCCUCGCAGAAGCGCGUGGCGAAGAACGAGGCGCCACUGGACAAGGAGCUGGGCGAGGAGAACAUGGAGGGCAUUUUCCGCCGUCUGGCCGCCAGCGCUGCGCAAGGCGUCCUCGACGACGAAGACGCAGGCGGCGAGGAGGGCGAUGGCGACGGUGGUCUACGUGUUGGACGCCUCGAGAAUCUCGUCAUCGUCAACGACCGCAACGCCGGACGUGGCGCCUAGCCUUGCUUCUCCCUUCUCUCUGCCUCUCUGCUCGCUCGUGCCACGUCACUCGGAAUGCGUUCCUCUCUCCCGGAGCUAUACCUCACUCUUCCCUUCCCUUUCGCCGCUGCCGCGCUGUGUGCCUGCCGCUCUCCUCACCCCGCUCCAUCUUGCCUGUACGAUCCUGAGCCUCGGCUAUGUAAUCCGCACGAUCUGAGUCUGC